GAUUUUCUUUUGUUUUUCCGGUGAGUAGCCACUAGCCGGGAUCUCUAGCAGACAGCGCUCCGGCAGUUUUCUCCACAUUUUUUUUCUUUUUUUUUUUUAACGUCUUAAUGAUGGCGGAGGACAGUGAGUCCGCCGCUAGCCAGCAGAGCUUGGAGCUAGACGACCAGGAUACUUGCGGGAUAGACGGCGAUAACGAGGAGGAGAACGAGAACGCGCAAGGGAGUCCCGGUGGGGAAUUGGGGGCCAAGAGAAAAAAGAAGAAGCAGAAGAGGAAGAAAGAAAAGCCAAGCUCUGGAGGAGCCAAGUCGGACUCUGCCUCUGACUCACAGGAGAUCAGGAAUCCUGGCUUGCCCAUCCAGAAGCUGCAGGACAUCCAAAGAGCUAUGGAGCUGCUGUCCUGUCAAGGCCCAGCGAAGAGCAUUGAUGAGGCAGCCAAGCACAAGUACCAGUUCUGGGACACACAGCCGGUGCCCAAGUUAAAUGAGGUGGUGACGAGUCACGGCCCCAUCGAGGCCGACAAAGAAAAUAUCCGGCAGGAGCCGUAUUCUUUACCUCAAGGCUUCAUGUGGGACACUCUGGAUCUCAGCAAUGCAGAUGUUCUGAAGGAGCUCUACACGUUAUUAAAUGAGAACUACGUGGAGGAUGAUGAAAACAUGUUCAGAUUCGAUUAUUCGCCAAAAUUCCUCAAAUGGGCUUUACGCCCACCUGGUUGGUUACCUCAGUGGCAUUGCGGAGUGAGAGUCACCUCAAAUAAGAAGCUUGUCGGCUUCAUCAGUGCCAUCCCGGCAGAUAUCCGCAUUUAUGACACGUUGAAGAGGAUGGUGGAAAUCAACUUCCUGUGUGUCCAUAAGAAGCUACGUUCAAAGCGUGUGGCGCCGGUGCUCAUCAGAGAGAUCACGCGGCGGGUCAACCUGGAAGGAAUUUUUCAGGCGGUGUACACGGCAGGCGUCGUGCUGCCUAAACCAGUUUCCACGUGCAGGUAUUGGCAUCGUUCUUUGAACCCCAGAAAGCUCGUGGAAGUCAAGUUCUCCCACCUGAGCAGAAACAUGACCCUGCAAAGAACCAUGAAACUCUACAGACUACCAGAUAACACCAAGACAGCAGGACUGCGGCCGAUGGAGCGGCGCGACAUCCGGCAGGUGACCGACCUGCUGCAGAAGUACCUUCGACGUUUCCAGCUGGCGCCGUCCAUGAGCGACGAGGAGGUGGCUCACUGGCUCCUCCCGCAGGAAAACAUCAUCGACACAUACGUCGUCGAGGGUGCCGGUGGCGUCUUGACCGACUUUGCUAGUUUCUACACCCUACCCUCCACGGUGAUGCAUCACCCCCUACAUCGGAGCUUGAAGGCCGCCUACUCCUUUUACAAUGUUCACACGCAAACGCCGCUACUGGACUUAAUGAAUGACGCUCUGAUCCUCGCCAAACUGAAAGGCUUCGACGUGUUCAACGCCUUGGAUCUAAUGGAGAAUAAAGUUUUUCUGGAAAAGCUCAAGUUUGGUAUAGGAGAUGGAAACCUGCAGUAUUACCUCUACAACUGGAAAUGUCCCUCUAUGGACGCUGAUAAGGUCGGCCUGGUCCUUCAGUAGCCUCGUCCGUGCCUUCACGGCAGCUACUCACACAAACAAGGACAUGAGGUCUGGCAGUUUCAUUCACCCGAGAGCCAGAUCACCUUAUUCUGGGAAGAUUUUUCUUUUUUCCUCCCCGGCGCUUUUUUUCAGCUCAUUCGGCGGUGGGAAAAAAAAAACCCCGGAAUUCUCAACAUUCUGAAUGUGAACGUCAUGUUAUGCCUGAGACGUACGCUCACAUUUGAAACAAACCAGUGUGGCAUGCACGGAGAUCACCGGCAUGCCCUCAUGUGACAACUAAUAAGCAAAUAUUGUCUUUUUUUUGGGGGGGGGGGGGGUAUGUUGUCCCUCAGUAUAUUGCACCUCACCAAUAGAGGGCUGUUCCUGCAGUUAAUAUCAUUCCUCUGCUGGGUACUUUAUUUUGCGCGUGGUACAUACACACUGUCAUAAAGCCAACUGGUGCAUUGACUUUUUUUUUUUCUUUCUUUUCAAUGAAGUAUCAAGUUACCUGUACAGCAUGAUGCCAUGCACUCAGUUUAGGUAUUAUCUUCUUUUUUUUUUGUAAUGAAGAAUGUAUUACAUCAAUGAAGCACAAUGUUUCAGUUUUGAAAAGGUGCUCAACUGCUUUGGUACUUGGAAUUGUCAAAGUGAGCUGCUACCAUGUUACAAGGCCGCUGGUGUUUAAAUAGCCGAGAACAUUCAGAAUGAUGAAUAAAUGCUCAUAACGCGCACGACUCACAAAAAAGUUUGGGAUAUUGAGUGGUCAAAUUUACAAAUGGGUUAAAUGUGCGGAGUGUACAAAAAUAAUUUCAAAUCUUUUAGUAUCUCCCUCGGAGAGGGAAAAAAGAAAACAAUUCUGCCGGAUUCAAAUCGAUACUUCAUUUCAACCCCAAUCAGCGUGUCGGCGAUUAAAUCCACAAAAACGACAAACGAUAAGGUCAUAAGUGACAGAAGGCGUAGAGAGAGAACCAAUCGUCAACAAAACAGCAAAUUCUCGUCUUCCUGUUGAGAGUCUUACGAAGAAAAGAGCAUUUAGUUGUUCCAUCACAGAAUAAGCUGCUUGAAAGCAUUUCUUGUUUUCCUUUUGUCAUUUCAUAUGUAAAAAAAAAAAGUGUUCAUCAACUUCCCUAUCCGAUGAUGAUUCCUUCCAGAGAGAAUUAUUUGUGUUGUGCCGGGAUAAUGAGGCGACAUAUAUUUGAUAUUUUGGGGGGGUUCCCAUGUUUUUGAUGUCUUCACCCCUGUACAUUUUAUUAGCUUUCUACUCAUACCAUGUCUGAGACAAAUCUACUGUAUUUUUCUUUUUUUCUAGUUGUAGUCAUCCGGAAAAUUGCAUGGGGAAAAGCUCCAUUUUAUGAUUGGCCUUGUGACAGUUUUCCUUCCUGUAGGGCAAUCGGAGAACUAUGAUUUGCUUGCUCUUGCUGUUUAUGUUAAAGUGAGCUUCCUCUGUUGUUCCAGUCUCAAUUUCGAGAUGUUCUUUUUGCGUAAUUAAAACCUUGACUUGAGUUACA